GGGGCACCUGUAAUGAAAAGCUGCUCCUCUUUGGGGAUUGGCUGUUGCCGUGGUUACCAUUUGUUUAGAGGAUCUGGGCGCUGUCCUGCAAGCAAGUCGAGGGAUUUUGCUGCUGAAUGAUGGAAGAUAGUGAUGAUGGUGAUGCAAAACUCAAAGAAGAAAUAGAAGCUGAAUUGGAUAAAAUCAGUAUUUCCUCCUUGGAACAAGAUGAGGUUGAGACUGAUUCAAAAUCAGAAAUCCAAAGUGAAGAUAGUGAUGCUGGAAGUGGUUUAGAAGAAUUACCAGAGUCAGUUCUUCACUGCAUCAACGUUAUAAAGAACAAGAGUAAAACUGUUGAAGAGCUCAUUCUUCAGGAUUUAGAAGAUAUUGAUGUUUUCAAUUGGAAUUAUGGAACAGUUUCUAAUAAUCAUAUGCAUUUAAGGAUUGGAUUAUCAACUGAAUAUGAAGAAAAUCCGGAACAACUAAUGAAGAUAUUAACUGAAAUAGAAAAAGAAGAAUUUAUGAGAAGUGAAGCCCAUUGUGUGAGUCCUGAUUUGGUUUCGGAGCCUGAUCCAUUUGACUUGCCUAUGGAUGAACAUGCUUUACCAGAUGAUGCUGAUAUAAAUUUUGGAUAUUUUGAAGUUGAGGAAAGAUGUAGACAGUCUUUUGAAGCCUGGCAAGACAAACAAAAAGAACUAGAAGAUAAAGAGAAAGAAACUCUCAAAGCUCAGAGGGAUAGAGAAGAAAAGCAAUUUCAAGAGGAGGAAGAAAAGAGACAUUGCUGGAUGAAACAAUUUGAAGUUGAAAAGAACAAAUUAGAGAAUAUACAGAAGCAAGAACAGGACAAGAUGAAUGAGGAGCUCCAUGAAGAAGAGAAAAUGUGGAAAGAAAAAUUUAAACAGCAUGAGGCAUUUAUGAAAAACUUGCAUGUACAAAUGGAAGAGGAAAGAACAAGGUUUAAAGAUCUUCAGGAAAAAGAAAAAAUGCGUUUGUUAAAACUGCAGCAUAAUGCAGCUGUAAAAAUUCAAGCUAAAUUUAAAGCAUUCAUAAUCUAUCAAAAAUAUGGCCCAAUAUUAAGAGAUCAAAUAGAAAGAAAACAAAGGAAAGCAAAGGAGUUGAAAGAAAAGGAAGCAAAUAUACGACAGAAGGAGGAAGAAAAACGGAAAAAAUUAGAGGAAGAACAAAAGAUAGAAGAAGAGAUAAAAAAACAGAAGCAAGAGGAAAGGAAAAGGAGAGAAAUAGCAUAUGAAGAAAAAAAGACCAUCCUGAGACAAGAAAGAGAGGAGCUAAGAAACAAGGAAAAAUUAAAAUUAAUAAAAGAUGCAAACCAACAGCUAAUAAUAAAUUUCACAUUAAAGAAGGGAGAACAUAAUGCCAAACAUUUAACUGUUGAAGAUAAGUCAAAGAAUAAGGGUGAGAUAGCCAAAGAAUUAGUGGAUGAAAAUUCAAAGAAGCAGGAAGAUGUUCCUCUUUGGCUAGUUAAGAAAUCAAAUAAGAGUGAAAAUGUAGGUAGUCAGUUUGUCUUGAAAGAACCAACACAAGUACAGUUGAAAUCAAACCAAGCAAUUUUGCCAGAAUUAAAAACAGAAGAAAAAAGUGAAAGCCUAGCAAAAAACCAAUGUUCUGAAAAAUUGAUUAAGCAAGAAAUAAAAUAUGAAAAUAUGUACAAAAGAACUGAAUUAGAAAUCUUAGAUCUGAAAGAAAAUGUGACGAAACAGCUUCAGCAAGAAUUAAACUCACAAACACAAAACCAGGAAAGUGUGGAACAUGCCAUAAAGGAGAAUGAGGGGAAAAAAGUCCAAAUAAUAAUAACAGAACAUAAUCAAGAAAUGAAUGAGGUGAAGAAUGAGGAAGCACAGAAAAUAAUCAAAUAUAAUGAACAGAAAAUGAUACAGAAAGUAGAAAAAGGAGAGAUAUCACAAGAGAAUGGAUCAUAUGAAGAGAACACUUCAAUUAUGUCAAUAAAACAAGAACUACUACCAUUAAAAUUAGAAAAUUCUGAAGCUAUGGGGGAAUAUCUGAUACUACAAGAAAAAGAAAUUAAUUUAAAACCCAAAGAAAUUGAGGAAAACUCAAAAGACAAUGCUCUAAAUAGUGAUGUUAUUUUCUUCAACACCACUGAUGCCAUGGUAAAUAUAGAAGGCAAAAUAAAUAAGCAAGAUUGCUUUGUUGAUAGACUUGCUGUUUGUGAAGAUUUCAGUGGCUGUAAUACGAAAAGUUCUUGGAUUGCUAAAGAAGAAAACUCUCUUAUAUCUGAGAUUAAAGAAAUCCCAGAAAGAUGCCAUGAAAAUAGGACUGAAUGUGAAGAGAUCACAACCUGUCCCACACCAGAGUCAACACUUCUAUCUUCUAUUGAGGAGAAGAGACAAGCUUGGUUAAAAUCAUUUAAACCUUGGUUUGAAAUUUUCAGGCAAAAUCAACAAAAGAAAAUUGUUAAAAGAAAGAGACCUUUGAAAUGCCCAGCCAAUACGAUGCCUCCUCUGAGUACAUUAGAAAUUCUUCAGUGUGGCCCUUGGAAUACGCUACAGCAGGUUACAAACAUUACAUUUCAAGAUUUGCCAGGUUGUAGUCUCUCCACAUUAGCAGAGUGUACAAAUCUUCAGUUUCUAUCGCUUCGACGGUGUGGAUUAACUUCUUUACAGAGCCUGAAUAACUGCAAAAAUCUUAAGUACAUUGAUGUACAGGAAAACCAUAUUGUGACUAUCAACUGUGAAAAUUUGGAAAAUCUCUGUGUUGUUCUUCUUAAUAAAAAUCAACUGAGUUCCUUUCAUGGUUUGGAUGGCUGCAUUAAUAUUCAGAAUCUUGAACUUUCAUAUAAUAAAAUCACUCGAAUUGGUGGUUUAGAAUCUUUGAAAAAUCUUCAGCAACUAAUUGUGGAUCACAACCAGUUGAUUAGUACAAAAGUUUUAUGUGAGACCCCUACUAUUAUAUACCUGGAUUGCUCCUAUAAUCAUCUUACUGAUGUUGAAGGCAUUGAGAAUUGUGGAUUGCUCCAAAUAUUGAAGUUACAGGGAAAUUAUCUCACUGAGCUUCCAUCCUUGGAGAAUCAUGUUCUGCUAAGAGAAUUACACUUGGAUGAUAAUAGCAUUUCAACUGUUGAAGGUCUUUCUUCAUAUUGGCUGCCUUUACUACAAAAUUUUACUAUCUCUCAAAACAGUUUGACAAAAAUUGUACCACUUUUUCAUUUUGUUUCUUUGGAAAAGCUAGAUGUCAGUAACAAUUGUCUUUCUGAUCUUACAAGUGCCAUAAAAUGGUUUGAUGCAUGCUGUUCUCUCCGUGAACUCACUCUCACUGGAAAUCCACUUCUUCAAGAAAUAAACUGGAGACAUUCUCUACUUGAAAUGUUACCUGCUCUAAAAAUCCUCAAUGGUGAUAUGGUAAACUCUCAUUCAGAAAUCCACUCUCAAGAACACUGUCAUCUAGAAUCAAGACAUUUCCGUGUACUUUGUCAGUCCGAAAUUAGAGAAUUCAACUUACUAAUUGAAAAGUACAUCAAUAGAAAAGGGGAUGUAUUCACCUUGGAUGCUGCAGAAAACUUCUGUUAUUAUUUUAAGAAAUUGAUGACACUUAGUAAUGAAUACAGAUAUGCACAUGAACAUGGGGAUAUAAGUAUCACUAAGAGAAAUGAAUCAGAAACCCAGAAAAAUCAUUUGGUCCUUCCAAGCAGUGACUUAAUAUUGCAAGAUGAAGUCUUUCACUAUCGCACAAAUAAACAUAAAGGAGACUCACCAGGAAUUUCUGAGCAAUGGAUGGACCCUUGCUUUAAUCACUCCCCAUUAAGCUGCUCCUCUGCAUGUGAAGCUGUGGAAGAAAGAAGUCAGGAAAAAUUAGUAGGACAGAAGAGAGAAGAGAGUAAGACAAACAGUAUCCCCACUAAAAGAAUUUCAUUCAUGGAAACAGAAGUGACGAAUUCUUUGCUGAGGAAUCACCAAAGUACUGAACAGAGUGAAAAAAUCAGGGCAGCAAUAGUUAUCCAGGCACACUGGCGUGGUUACACUGUGCGCAUGCGGAGCAGUUUCUCUGUACGAAUGCAUACUGCUGCAACAGAGCCCCUGCCAAAUUCCUUCAUCAAUAUUCAAACUGUUUUAAAGAAAGAAAAAAGAAAAAAUACGAUGAAUAUUCAAGAACAGAGGGAGAAGGCUGCUGUUCUUAUUCAGGCAGUUUGGAAAGGCUUUAUUUUGCGAAAGAAAUUGACAACAGCUCUAGAGGCUAUCAAAAAUGAAGAAUCUGAAGAAGAAUAUGAAGAAGUAGAUUUACAGGAUUUUACAUUUGGUGAAGCCGCCUUAGAGAAAGAAUGGCUAGAUUUAGAUUCCACCCGCUUCCCUUCACAAACACUGCUUCUCUCAAACCAGCUGCACUGGCCAAAGAUCUCUGGAACUUUGAAAUAUGAUGAUGCCUCACUUAAUUUACCAAAUCAUCCAGCUCAAGCAUGGCUAUGUAAUGACAAAGAAAAUUGUUUUUCAUCAGAACACACACAAUUAAGUAUCAGAUCAGAAAAUAGCACUUUAUCCUGGACAUCUGAAUCUAGGACCAAUAGAAAGAGUUUACUAAAAUCUGAAAAAGAAGAAAAGAUUUCAGAAGAAUGGGGCUUUAAGGAUAUUUCUACUGCUCAACAAAUGCUGAAGAGGGCACAGAAAAUGAAAUCAAAGAAAUUAAAGAAAAAAUUAGAUCCCACUGUGCGCCUAGCAUUAUUCAAAAACAGUGAAAAUAAAGUUUCUGUUAUAAAAUCACCAAAGCAGACACAGCCCAAAAGAGAUUGCUACUUUGAAGGUAAGGAAGAAGAAUUUAUCUACAAGGAUACUACUGCAAAUGAAAGAUUAGAAAGGAGUAAAGAAUAUACAUAUCAAUGGCUUCACACACAAGUUGGGAUUCAUGCAGCUAGUUCCAGAAAUAUGAAAUGCAAUCACUUCUUGCCUGAGUUAGAUCCAGAUGUACUUAAUGGUGGAAGAGUCCAACUAGUGGCAAGACUUGUAAGCAGAGAAGACACGGAUUUAGACCUUUUUUCCAUGACCAGUGGAAGUGCUUUGUCUGUGAACAGAGAAAAAAAAAGUCAGGCACACAGAUACUCAGCGGGAUCUUCAAGUUGUUCAAUUAAGGGAAUACUUGCACCCAUGAUAACAAAUUCAAGACCUUCUAAAAAAGAACGCAUAUCAUUCCGUGACAAUCCUGUGCAACUCAGUGGUGGAUGGGGAAGUGGCAGAAAGAAGGAGAAAACUUCCAACUAAUCCUUCAAGCUUCAGCAUUCAAAACAUAUGGCAAAUGGUUUAUUUAAAAGAAGUCUGGAUAUCUGGUCAUGUUACCAAUUGAAUACAAAGUUUUAGAGUACUGUGUUUAAUUUGUUUUAUUAUACAUAUUUUACAAUUUUGUUUUCUGGUGCAGUUAUCUUCUUUCCCAUCUAUAAAACAGAGUUUGCAGUUCUUCCUGUGUGCAUGAGGAAUGGCCUCCAGAAAAUUAAUUCUAGAAAUAUCACAAUGGAAUUUGUAUAUUGUUUUUUUAGUUUACAUUUUUAUGACAUAUAUUCAAGAUUGUUUUUGUUACCAAUAAUACAUUUUGAUACUAUGUGCAUAUGAGAAUAUGACUAUAUUUUAUUAACAUUGUUUAGUGCAGUAUUAAUAAUAUAUUAAUAGGCUUGAAUCCAAGAGAUUAUAAUAAUUGGGUAUUUCAAAGACAAAUUAAAAGAGAAAGUAAUUCCAAAUAAUAAAAAUGGCCUUUUUACUUUUAAUUUUAAACCAUCUGAGUUUUAAUAAGGAAACAUGCAAGUUUAAGUUAAAAUGAGAUAUAAAUUUAAUUAAUUAUCAGUUUAAUAAAUUGGAUAUUUAUCUGUUAUGUUUCAUUCAGAUAUAUAUUUUUCUUAUUUAUAAGAGGUAGAUAUUAAUUUUUUCAUCAACAUUAUUCUGGUAAUUCAAAAAUGCUCUCCUCCUUUAAUUUUUGUUAAGGUGCCUUUAAAUUAUAAUUUUAAAAUAUAUUUUCAAAACUCAAAUCUGUUAUUUAGUAAUAUUAAUUUAUUUUAUAAAAUUACCAGUUUUAUUAGUCUUACUAUUAUAAAGUUAGUUUUCUAUUAUAUCUUAGUGUACAAAGGAUCUAUUAGUCUCCUGAGUCAGGAACUCUUUUCACAAAGCCAAAUUCAUUGUUCUCCACUGACUUUUCAUAGCUAUGUUGCUGUGUAAUAAGAUCCAAUGAACUUUAGAUUUUCCUUUCGUUUUUUCUACUCUUUACCGAAACAUUUCAUUUAGAGAUGACUAACCAGAUUGAGAGAUACAUUUAUUUAGCUUGUGUCCCCAUCUACUUAUGGAGUCCUAUUGCAUUUCAAACCUACAAAUCUCUUUGAGAUUUGAUUGAGAUAGAAAUGUUAAUGGGCCUCGAGUUGUCAAUCUAUUUUAAAAAAACACAAAAAUUCAUAUGUUGCAACCUAAAGAUUGAGCUUCACAUGUAGUUGUUUAAUGAACAGCUUGUUAUGUCAAUGUUUCACUCACAGCAUACACAAAUCAGCAUAAUGUAAUGAUGGAAAAUAUUUUAUCUCAGUUAUUGUCAACUGCAGGAAAAAACCACAUUAAAGUUGAUAUUGAUAGGCUUUAUGGUUCAUAUAUUCAAAUCAAUGAGGUGGAAAGGUUAGUAUGAGAAGUGAGAUGCUUAUGAUUAUUUUGUGUUAGUGCCUAAAAAUUAUUUUAAUCUAUAGUUUUCUUAUUCUAUAAUCUGUGUAAUUGUUUCACAAUAUUAGUUGUGCAGAUUGAUAUAGAUGCUCCUAAAUUUGUAGAUUAUGAUUGGUGCAUAUGUUAAUAAAACAGUUUCCUAACUAUGGUGUUAAAUUGGAAGUUCUAUGGUGUUGUUUAUUGUGUCCAGCCUUAAAAUCAUCACUUAAAGAAUUCAGAAUUCAAAUCUAUCAUUUUGUAGCACUAGUUUAGUUGUAUUUUUGAAAAUAGAAAAAAGUAAAACAAAGUUUUAAAAUUUAAUGAAACAUAAAAGAAAUUGAACUAAGAAUAUUUUUCCUACUGUUUCCUUGUGUAUAUUUUUUAUUUGUUCUUUUUAGGUAAACAUGACAGUAGAGUGCAUUUUGACAUAUUAUACCUACAUGAAGUAUCUUAAUAAAUACUUAUCUUUAAGACUCAGGA